GGACCUCUACUCAUACCUUCCAUCCGCUGCCACAAAUCCCAUAACUGAAUCAUCGGAAUAAUCGCCGUCGUCCACGGCUUCACCGGCGAGUCGAGCUGGCUCAUUCAGCUCACCUCCGUCCUCUUCGCCAAGUCCGGCUUCGCCACUUGCGCCAUAUUCAGACCCAAAUCAACCUCAGCUUCUCUACCAUGGCAAGACAUGUUCCGAUCUGCCUUCGUUCGCAAACCCGACUGCGUGAAGACCUAGGGUUUUGGAUUCUGCUUGCUUCAUCUUCAACGAAGAGAGCAGCCCUCAAAACCGAAAUGCCCAAGCAAAUCCAUGAGAUCAAGGACUUCCUUCUCACUGCCAGAAGGAAGGAUGCACGUUCUGUGAAAAUCAAAAGGAGCAAAGAAGUUGCGAAGUUCAAGGUUCGUUGCUCCAAGUACCUCUACACACUCUGUGUGUUUGACUCAGAGAAGGCUGACAAGUUGAAGCAAUCCCUUCCUCCAGGUUUGAGCGUGCAAGACCUGUGAAUCAAGUUGAGAUGGAGUUGGAAGCGUAAUUUGAAGGCCUUGUUUAUUUAGAGUUGUGCUUUUGCAACUUAUCAGAUUUUAUUAAAAAAAAAAAAAAAAAA